AUGCUGGCACCUAAGAAAAUGGGCAGAGGAAAUUCCACCUUGGUGAAUGAAUUUGUCCUCUUGGGAUUAACAAAUAGUCCAGAUCUUCAGCCCAUCCUCUUUGUGCUGUUCCUGGGGAUCUAUCUGAUCACCGUGGGAGGGAACCUUGGGAUGUUGCUAUUGAUCAGGAUAGAUUCACGCCUCCACACCCCUAUGUACUUUUUUCUUGCCAGUUUGUCCUGCUUGGAUUUGUGCUAUUCCACUAACGUGACUCCCAAGAUGUUGGUGAACUUCUUAUCAGAGAAAAAAAACAUUUCCUACACUGCUUGUUUAAUCCAGUGUUAUUUUUUCAUUGCCAUGGUGAUUACUGAAUAUUACAUGCUAGCUGUGAUGGCUUAUGACAGGUACAUGGCCACCUGUAAUCCUUUGAUUUAUAGCAGCAAGAUGUCCAAAGGGGUAUGCAUUUGCCUGAUUGCUGGUUCAUAUACCUACGGGUUCCUUAGUGGCCUGAUGGAAACCAUGUGGACAUACCGCUUGACCUUCUGUGGCUCCAAUGUCAUUAAUCACUUCUAUUGCGCUGACCCACCCCUCAUUCGACUCUCCUGCUCUGACACUUACAUUAAGGAGACAUCCAUGUUUGUGGUGGCCGGAUUUAACCUCUCCAACUCUCUUCUCAUAAUCCUCAUCUCCUACAUCUUCAUUCUCACUGCCAUCCUGAGGAUGCACUCUGCUGAAGGCAGGCACAAAGCUUUUUCCACCUGUGGGUCCCAUCUGGCGGCAGUGACUGUGUUUUAUGGGACCUUAUUCUGUAUGUAUGUUACACCUCCCACAGACCAGUCAGUGGAGCAGUCCAAAAUCAUUGCUGUUUUCUACACUUUUGUAAGCCCUAUGUUGAACCCCAUCAUUUAUAGUUUGAGGAACAAGGAUGUGAAACAAGCCUUUCAGAAACUGAUCAGAAGAAAGGUACUUUUGAACUAA